AUGGGCUGGGGCGAUGAGCAGAAGCAGUUGUCACAGCUGAGAGCAGAGUUAGUGAAGGGGCCAAAUUAUGUUGAUAAGGAAACCAACACAGAAGAUCUCUUCCCGGAAGAGGUGGCGAGUCUGCCGAAGGGGAGGCCCGGCCGCAGGGCCCGCGGCUCGCCUUUCACGCGGAGCAGCCCCGUUGUCCGUUCCCAGACUUUUUCGCCCGGAGCGCGAAGCCAGUACGUUUGCAGACUUUAUCGUAGUGACAGCGACAGUUCAAUGCUGGCCCGCAAGUCCCCCCUUGUCCGAAACACUUUGGAAAGACGAACCCUUCGCUAUAAGCAGCCCUGCAGGUCCUCCGUGGCGGCGCUGGCGGCGCGCACGUCCCUGGACCUGGAGCUGGACCUCCAGGCGUCGCGGACGCGGCAGCGGCAGCUGACCGAGGAGCUGUGCGACCUGCGCGAGCUGCGCCAGCGCCUGGAGGACGCCCAGCUCCGCGGCCACGCCGAGCCCCCGGCCUGGCUGCUGCGCGACGAGCGCUUCCGGAGCCUGCUGCGGGAGGCCGAGAGGCAGACGAGACAGACCAAACUUGACUUGCAUCAAGAACAGGCAGCUGAGAAGACGCUGAAGAAGGCCUCCAAAGGGGUGUGCCAGCUGCGCGGGCGGAACCUCAAAGAGCCCAUCCAGCUGGAGACCCACAAGGAAAAGAUAACAUUUUUCACGAGACCACGGGCUAACAUACCCCUGCUGCCGGUUGAUGAUGUUUGCUGGAGUAUUUAUCUGCCUAUUUUAUUUCUGCGAAGUUCUAAAAUUGUCUAGCUAAAAUUGUCUUUCAAAUAUUUGUGCAAAGUUAUUAAUAUACAAUUUUUUUUCCAAAAGUCUAUAAAUACGUAUUUUUUUGAUAGUGACAGGAGCAGGGCUUGGCUUUUCCUUGUUGUUAAAUUAACAUCUCAAACAGGUUAUUUUAUAAAAGAGUAGCUGUUGUGUGAAGAUUCGACAGUUUCCAUGCUGUUUUCUUUGACUUGAAGGGUGGAAGACAGAAACUCAGGCAAAUUCACUCUAUUGUCAUUUAUUCAUGGUUCUUUUCUUCCUCCUUGAAGGAGAAUACUGACUUUAAGAUGUAUUUUAAGACUGAAACUUGGUUCUUCAGUAUUUGCCAUGUGGUAGAAUGGAUCUUUGGGGCCGGUUUUGUGUUCUGACAUCGGAAAUGCAAACACUAUGUGCUGAACUCGUCACUCGUCCCGUUUCUCCUGUGUGCAUUUAUCAUGUAUAGUGUACACUUUCGCACCCUUUAUGUUCUGUUAAGAUGCCACCUUAGGGGCUCAGUCCUAAGUCAGUGCGGGGUGCGCUUUGCGGAGCUUGGUCUCCCGCGCGGGCUGGGCACCCAUAGCCCCUGGUUUCCGUGCACCUUUCCGUGCCCACCCCGGGUCUGAGGCUGGUCACGGAGCCCCCGGCAGGCACACAGCCCACCCUCACCCGGCCUCGGCAGCCCCGCCUGCCUUUCCAGUCCGCCCCAUCUGAUCCUGACCGACAAGAAGGGCAGUGGUGGAGCUUCUGCUCUGCUGCUCUGCCCUGCAGGAAAGUGAAAAUAGAAGAAGGAAGGUGUGUUUUCACUGAGUCACUGAAUCCGCUGAUGGAUAGAGCAGUCACGACAUGGACACGAUAACCUUUGAAGGCGCUUUCUUGAGGAAGCCAGCUUCCGUGGGAACUACAGCUACCAGGCGAGUCACUCACAGGAGAGCGUGUGCUUUCGCUCAGAAGGCCCCCGCCCAUGCUGGAGUCUUGCCAACAUUUCUUAAGAAAUCUUAGAACUAGCUCAUGAGGAAAAAAAUUUUGGGGGGGGGAAUUCUUUAUGAAAUAAAAGUAUACCAUUCUUUUAAAAUGCCAGAUGUUAUAGUUUGCCUAAUACGUAUUUAUUAUAUAUGAAAUGCACUCUCCUUCAUGAGGCCUCAGAAGAGUAAACGAGGUGAGUCACACAAAAUGUAAGAGAAAACGGAACCCUCCUCCUGGGUCUUUGUGCCCCUCCCUUGAAAGUGCCCCUCCCCCCUUAAUCAGCAGCAUCUCUCUUCUCCUUGGUCUGUAAGCACUCCCUUGUAUAACCCACCUUCCUUUUCACAUUUAUUAAAAAUGCAUUUUGUAAAAGCAUUUCAUUGAUAUGUGACCUAUCACGGACAGUGAAGUUGUCUGUGGUGGUAAGGCUGAAAACUGUGUGCUUUUUCACACUUGUCACUUCUUGCUAUGUAUUUCUGCCUCUAGUCCCGGUUUUUUCUCUUUUUUCUUUUGCUAAUUUCUCUGCAUAUAUACCCACAACAGAGGUAGAGACACAAAACACAUGAGUGCUUGCCAGAAGUGACACACCCCCAGGAGACAGCGUUGCAGCUCGGGUCAGGUUGGUGGCAGGCCCUCUCUGUUCCCAGCUGUUGAAACUUCAGAUUGAUGGGUUGGCUGCCGCUGGACUCGGGGGUGUGUGGAGAGCAAGUCAUAUGCGUCUGAGGUACAUGGCUCCCCAGACGUGGGAGAGCCCCGGCCGCGUUGCCGGGCCUGUGUUUAGGCACUGCCAGUUGAAGCGCUAAGUGGGUGGAAAGGUUGAGGUAGCUUUCCUGCUAACCCCUACAAAGUAGCAACGUGGGGAAACCCACUGUGCCAAUACAGAAAGCCCGCAAGGGUUUUCAAAUGUCACUGCCCACUAGACACAGGUUUCUGUUUGGAAUGCUUCCCCAUCCCAGAGUUAAAAAAAAAAAAAAAAAAAAGGAAAUCCC